ACAGCGCUGGCUGGCGCUUUGCAUGCGCGAACAGCGAACAGAGGCAGCCCAAUAACGAUGGGCAGCGGCGCCUCCUCGACAGCGGCCGCCGCGCCGGCCAAGGACAGCAAGAAGCCGGUGCAGCUCCUGCCCACGCACAACGUGCAGGUGCCGUCCAAGUGCGCCCGACUCUACUUCGGCCUGUCCUGGAGCGCCAAGGCGAAUAUCGACAUCGACGCGUCGGCGGUCUGCCUCGCCGGCGCGCAAGUGGCCGAUAUUAUCUCCUUCCAGAAGUUAAGGGAUGCCACGCCGGCGUCGAUCGUCCACACGGGCGACGUGCUCACGUCGGGGACCGGCACGGGCACCUCUGAUUUGGAACGGAUCUACGUCCAGCCCGAAGCCAUGGAGAAGCGGGGCGUGGACAACAUUUUUUUGGUGGUCAACGUGUACACGCAGGGCCGGACGUUCUGCGACGUGAGUUCGGCCUACGCGCGUUUAGUGCACGCGGACUCGGACCAGGAGCUAGCGCGGUUUAACCUCAAGGGUUGUCGAGGCGACGCCCUAGUCUUCGCCAAACUCUACAAGCAUGGCAACAAGUGGAACUGGAUGGGCCUUGGGCAGCAGGGUUCUGGAAGGACCGCGGCGGAGGUGGCCAAGGCGCUGGCGCUGCGCAUGGUUCCUGUGAACGCGCCGCCGGUGCAAGCGGCGGCGCCGCCGCCGACGAUCGUCCAGGUCCUCGUGCAGCCCGGCAUGCCCGGUCAGUCCAUCCAGGUGCGGGCGCCAGACGGCCGCGUGCUGUCCGUGCUCGUGCCUCCUUCCUCAAUUCCGGGCUCGGUCAUCCUCGUCAACACGGCGCCGCCGCCGCAGCACGGAGUCCAGGCCAAGAAGGCGCCCGCCGGUGGUGUUAAAGUAAAGGCCACGAAAUCGUCGGCCGCGCCGGCGUUGGUGGUGGCGUCCGCCGCGGGCGUCGCGGCGGCGAUUGCUAUCUUCGCCGCGCCCAACCUGGAGCUGUCGAAUCUGGGCAUCGGGGCCACGGGCUUAGUGAACGCGGCGGCGGCCCUCGAGCCGCAGGAACUACUCGAAGCGGUACCAACCAUGGACCCGUCGGAUUUCGCGGACGUCGUCGGCGACCUGGCGGGCGACGUCGUGAGCGAGACGGGCGACGUCCUGAUGUCCGUCGGCGGCGCGCUGUCGGACGUGUCGCUCGGUGACGUCGGAGACGCCGCGGGCGUGGUGGGCGGCGCGGCGUCGAACGCGGCCGGGGCUGUCGGGGACGCCGUCGGCAACUUCGACGUCGGUGGCGCCGCGAACGCCGUGGGCGGCGCGGCUUCUAACGCGGCCGGAGCGGUGUCAAACGCCGUCGGCAACAUCAACAUCAGUGGCGCCGCGAACGCCGUCGGGAGCGUCUUCGGGAAUAUCGGCAGCGUCGUCGGGACGAUCGCCGAGGGCGCGGGGGGCCUGUUUGAGGGGCUCGGCGGCUUCGCUGAGAUGGCUUCCGGCGCGUUCGAGGGGAUGGACCUGGGGGGGAUGGACCUCGGGGGGAUGGAGUUCUAA